AUGCGAGCGCCCGCAAUCCGACGGCAUCUCACUUAUUAUCGUUUCGUCGUUUGUCAAUUCGUCCUAAUCGCUCUCAUCCAGCGGAUAGACGCUCGUUCGAUUGCACGCGGAGAGCAUGUCGUGCACACUCCGUUGGGCACAAUACGAGGAGUUGGCCAGGUGAGAGCUCCCGCCGUCUUCUUCCCGGCGAAACGCUUUCCUUCCAGACAUUCGACGGGGCCAGAGUGUCCGCAUUCCUGGGAGUUCCUUACGCGAAACCGCCGAUCGGGUCGCGAAGGUUCAAAAUGGCAGAGAUGAUAGAUCGGUGGAGUGGGGAGCUGGAGGCGAGGACGCUGGCGAAGACGUGCUACCUCACGAUCGACACGGCGUUCCCCCAGUUCCCCGGUGCUGAAAUGUGGAAUCCGCCAGGAGUGAGUGCUCGGAAACGAACAUUCUUGAAUCGGAACAACUGUUUGCAGGCGAUAUCUGAGGAUUGCCUGAACAUGAACAUUUGGGUGCCGGAGGAUCACGACGGAUCAGUGAUGGUGUGGAUUUACGGCGGUGGAUUCUUCAGUGGAACACCAUCACUCGAUCUGUACAGUGGAUCCGUGCUCGCAGCAAAACAGAAUACUAUAGUGGUGAAUGUGAACUACAGGUGAGCUACAAUCGAAUUUAAAGGAAUGGAAGCAACGGGUGGAUUUCAGGUUGGGUCCGUUCGGAUUUCUGUACUUUGGAGACGAUUCUCCAGUCCAGGGCAACAUGGGAUUGAUGGAUCAGCAGUUGGCACUCCGAUGGGUCCACGAAAACAUCGGAGCGUUCGGGGGAGACCGUUCGAGAGUCACUCUGUUCGGCGAAUCUGCCGGCUCCGCAUCAGCCACUGCUCACUUGUUUGCUCCAAACUCUCACAAGUACUUCAGAAACAUCAUUGCCAAGGUUUCCGUUUCAUUUUCUGUCGAUUUGCAUCCAUGACUUCGCUUCAGAGCGGUUCCAUUAUAAACUCGUGGGCCUCAGCGACUCCUCCAACCAUGCUCGAACUGUCGCUCCGUCUCGCAAAAAAGGUGAACUGCACUUCUCCCGACAUGAAUGUUAUCGCCAAGUGUCUACGAAGUGUUCCCGCCCAUUUGGUCCAGGCGGAAGCCGACAAUAUCUCAGGAGACAUCGGACCUCCGAUGACAUUUGCAUUCGUUCCCGUCUCUUCCGAUGCCAACUUCUUUCAAGUCAGUUCUUCCUUUCCUUUCUUCCUCGCUCAGCUUGUUCAUUUCAGGGUGAUGUCUUCCAAAAACUGACCAAUAAACAGUUCAAAAAAGACGUGAACAUAGUCUUCGGAAGUGUGAAGGACGAAGGAACCUACUGGCUUCCCUAUUAUAUGUCGCUCCCCAAGUACGGAUUCGCAUUCAACCACACCAUAUCGGCGGAAGACCCCCACAACCGGGCCCUUAUCACUCGGGAGCACUACGUAGAAUCCAUGAAGGCGUUCAUGCCCUACUUUGCCGGUUCUCAACUCGUUCUGAACGCAUUCAUGAACUCUUAUGAGCACGUUUCGACGAGCAAUGUGCCCGAAGAACGGUACAGAGACGGAGUGGCUCGUUUCCUCGGAGACCUCUUUUUCACGUGCUCCCUCAUUGAUUUCGCAGAUCUGAUUUCUGAUAACAUUUUUGGAAAUGUUUAUAUGUACUACUUUACGUACAGGUGAGAGCUCAUCCAGUGAUAGAAAGUAACAGAUGAAUACAGAUCGAGUGCGAAUCCGUGGCCGCGGUGGAUGGGUGUAAUGCAUGGAUAUGAGAUAGAAUACGCGUUCGGACAACCAUUCUGGAGGCCACAUCUCUACGAUCAGACCCAAGUGAACGACGAGAAGAGGCUGUCCUCCAUCAUAAUGCAGAUCUGGAGUAACUUUGCCAAUACCGGGUUAGUCGAGUUGUUGGAGUGCACGUUUUAGAACACUUCGUUCAGAAUCACCGAUUCUUUCUGGCCGCGGUAUAACAAGAUUGAAAGAAAAGCUAUAGAAAUCGGCGAGAGCACGCUUCACGGAAAGCACCGAAUAAUUUCGGACGUUCACGGAAGCUUUUGUCGAAUGAUCGACGAGGCGAAGGCGUUCGUAAAACAGAAGAACGGUUAGAUUGUCGGAAUCCCCUACACGUGUCAAAUCCAUUAUUUUCCAGCCAACGACUGUCGCUCCACUCGAAAAUCGGAAGUUUCUUCCCUGGAAACGAGUGCAUCCGUCUCCCCACUUUAUAUUUUCGUUGUUUCCCUUUCCAUUGUCAUCUCUUGUACUAAAUUGUGAUAAUGUAGGUGUACCUUGCUGUUAAUUCAUUCUCCUGUUAGCUGUUGAACUCUUUUCCAUUCGGAUCUCAGUUUGUUCCGUUUCACUUUUCCCCUCCUCCGCUCUAUCUCCGUCUUCUCAUCGAAUAGACUUCCUUCUUUCUCAAACGGCGUAUCUUUUCAUCAGUUAUCAAAUCCCUAGCGUUUCUGCAUGGCUUUUCCCGUUUUGCCCUCCAAACAACCUUUCUUUUUGCUCAUCGGAAUCGCACUCUCUUUUGUAGUCGGUUUUCUGUCUUUCUGUGGAACAAUGCUCUUAGUUUAGAUUUUUAGUUUGAGCCUUUUUGACAUUCAAAUUUGGAGCUGUUCCAAUAAAACUUACAAGGCUUCUUCAUUGUUAAUUGACCUAUUUUAAAACAAGAUAAACUUUCAGCUUGGCGAGAGUUUCAUUAAUUGAAAACUGCUUACGUGACCGCGGCCGGAAGCUUCGCGGUAUUCCUCUUCCAGAGAAAUAUUGGAAUUUUUUAAAAGCCAAAUCAAGAGUUUCAAUAGUAAUUAAAGUCAACCUGGUUUUUUUUUCCUUUUUUAUGCGCUUGGUUAUUACCAGCAAUUUAUUAUUAAAAGUUGAAGAGACAAACUACAAUAAAUACAAAACGUUAAUCCAAAACAAGCCUCAACGUCUUUGAAAACAUUUUUUUUGCAUUUUCCGAUUCUUGUUCUAUCCAAGUUAUUUCGGUUUUGAUUCCCUCUAUCUUGUAUUUAUCAUCUCUUUCUUUUUCUAUCUUUUCGCGAAUGUCACCUAAAUGCCAUCUAAACGCCAUCAAAUCGAAAUAAUAAACGGCAAUCGGAAACCAGUGCGCCCACAAACUUAUCAGUUUUUCGGCGACGCGGCCGUCCUAGUGCGCCCUGACCAGUCCGCAAAUGUCCGUCGCAGUGUGCAUUCAUACCCGAGGACACACCCCUUCCGCCCCUUCCUCAACUGUUUUUUGCCGUCCUCUCGUCGCCUCUCCGUCGUUCUCUUCUCUCUUACCGCUCAGUUUAUAAUCGGUGGACGAUCCUAACGGUUACUUAGUUUUGCAGGGUAUUCCGAUGGCCGACUCACUCGGAUUGCAGUCGCCGGAUUCGUAUUCGGAGAAACAGUGAGUUGAACUAAUCGAUUUUCAAUAGAACGUAAGCGUUUUUGCAGUACAAUCUCGAGAAAGACGUCGAACCUCAGUUUUGGAAUCGGCACGAAUGUCACGAUUCAACUGAGUGCCCCGUCGGAUGUGGAUAAUGGCCGGGAGAGGGAUUCAUCGAAUGUUCAUACCAAAGUGAUUCUGGAUCACAAAGGAGAUGUGCGUGAAUGAAGAUGACCUCAACAAAAUGGAAAACUUUUUCAGAUACGCUACUUGCGCGGUCGCAUUCUCACCUCGAAUGGGCCGAUCGUCGGUUUCCGUUCGAUCCAUGAAUCCGUCGGCGAGUCGAUGAAUUUGAUCAACCUGCAGUCGAAGCAAAGAUAUCGUUUCAAGGUUUUAAGGCUUUACUAUUCUGUCAUCAAUCAUUUCAUUUCCAGGAUUUCCCAUACCGCACUGUUGACCUGGCGUUCGCUCAGCAUCACAGGUUCCUCGCGGUUCUCAACGCUGAUUUGAGUCUUUACAUUUUCGAAGUUGGCACAAACUGCGAUCCGUUAGUGUUAAUUUUUUCGAGUUUGUAUUCAAGAUCUCUAAGUUUCAGGAAGAAAUACUUGUCAAUCACCAACUGGCCAACGUACGCUGCCAGUGGCAAUCAGGAACAUCCACGUCUCUCCUGGUGUCCGUACAUACAUUCAGAUGACGAGGACGAAGAACCGAGUCACGUGGUCGCCGUCUUCUUCGUUAGUAAUCGUUCAUCUUUCUAUUAUUUUAUUUAAUUUUCAGGGACGACAAGUGUACAUCGUCAAUGUCGGAAUUUUGAAAGACGCCGAUUUGGGAGAUACCAUUGAUUUCGAUGACGCGCGGAAGGAAGAGGGCGGACUUUUCUUCUAUGAAUACCAAGACACCGGCAAUGAGAGUUUCCGUAUCACUUCCGUCUACAUUGCUCCGGAUUCCACCGCUGUGGCUAUUGCAACGUCUGAAGGACCCGUUCAGUUCUUCACUUUCAACGAGGAGAAGAACGUUCUUGUAGAGGCCCAUUGUUUCGAACCACGUGGAUUCACUCGUCCGGGAGUCAUCAAUGACCUGAUCUUCCUGGAUGAUCUGACCCCCGACCGAAAGGUCGUUCCGUUCUGGAGAUUCUGUGUGGUCGUCUCAAAUGACGGACGAAAGUUGGGCUUGUAUGAGUGCCAGGGAUCGAGAUGUCUCGGACGCAUCAGCUUUGAGACGACCCUCUCCGUGAACAAGUUUAUUGCCGUCGGCGAUCCCUCCGCCAGCUUCGUUCAUCUUCUAGAUGUGGAUGGAAUGGUUCGAAACCAGCGCAGAAUACGACGUUUAAUAGUUAAAUUUCAGAAUGUCUACAGUGUGGAGAUCCUGAAUCCGUUCCGUACAAACGAGUGUCCCCGGUUCAUCGGCGUUACUCAGACUUCCUUCUGCCAUCCCAUCUUUGCUGUUGCUCCAAUCUCCGCUAACACAUUUGAGACUGGCAAGGCGUUUUCCGAUCAUUCAAUUUUACUAAUUAUUUUUGUUUGUAGCCGAAGAAUCUGGUGAUGACUUGUUCAACAACAGCACCGAGGAAGAAUCGGAGAACGGGGAUGAUGCUUCGGAUGGUGAGGACAAGACGAAGCACAGGAAAAUAAAGAGAUACUUCGUCGCGAUGGGCAAAAGAAGCAUGGUCGAACUGCAGCUGACUCUCAAGCAAACAAUCGCGUCGACCGUCAGCACUCCAGCAGAGCCUUCUGAAAAAGAGCCGAGUCCAUCGGUGUACAUCGAGACGGAAGAACCACAGAAUGCUCCUGUUCAGGGACUCUUGAUGCAAAUGGCUCCAGUACCUUCCGGUCUCACUUUGGAGGCAGUCAAUCAAAAAUUAGACGACGUUCUUGGAUAUCUGGCAAGAAUGGAAGCCGACAGAAAAGAGAGCAACGCGUGCUUCGUGCAGCAGAUUACGUCCAGUUUCGGUAAGAGUUUCUCAUGUAGUAUAAAGAUAUCUAUUUGAUAAAAGGUUCAGAUGAGAACAUGCGCUUGCGCGAGGGAUACAUGCUGAAUCGAGUCGAACAGAUUGUCGAAAACGGUCGGCUCGACACAAUUGCUGCCCUCCGAAAUGGCUUCGUCAAUAUGAAUACUCAUAUUGCCGAGACUGUACAAACAAGCGGAGUCGACACUGCAGAAUACAUCAGUCAGAGGGUAGGAAACUCCACGAGAAGCGCGCUCACCGAGUGCCUUCUCCCUUCAUUCGAACGGAGCUGUGAAGUGCUUUUCGAUCGACUCAAUGAACAUUUCAGACACGGAAUCAAUGAGGUCUGAUAGCAUUUUGGUACUAUCUUGUCCAACUCUUGUUUUCAGUACCUAACAACGACGUCUCAGAUGAUUCAAGGAACUGCGAUGGCUACGAUGCAGAUGGCUGCGCAGCAACAGCAGCAGAAAACGGAGAUAGAUCGCAUCGCUCUUCUUCAAAUGAUAGAAACCAACCCAGAUGCGGCUUUAGAAACGGUCAGUGUAAAUUCGUGUUGAAAAGCGUCAUUUGGCUGUAUUUCAGGCACUGAACAAGGCCGACGCGAACCUUAUCGUGUUUCUGUGUUCCCGAAUCAAUCCCGAAAAGAUUUUAAUUCCGGGGAGCCCGAAACUGAGUCAGAAGUGCUUGCUGGCUCUCGUUCAACAGUUAUCGGUCGGAUUGAGCAGAGAUAAAGACCUCAAGUUCCGCUGGAUCGAAAUGAUAAUACCUGAAAUCAACAUGAAUGACCCGGAGAUUGCUCUUCUCGUGCCUCCAGUCGCUCAGCAACUUCUGAUGGCUCUUCAAGGUAAACACGUGCAUUUCAGUCACUUCCAACGUUAACUGUUUUCAGAAUUGAUCGACAGUUCGCCAGACGAGCAAGUGCGUCGUUACGUCCGCCUUCUCUAUCAGAUGACCCGUUCUUCACUUCUGAAAUCUCACACGCCUUCCCAAAGAAGUUGUAAGUGUCUUUUCGUCUUGAUGUAAGUCUUGAUUUCCUAUAGUUGCAGCCACUGCGACUCUUCCAAAGUUCAUUCCCGACCACCCAUCGACGCAGCAAUGA